CUUCCGCUUUUACCUGGAAGUACAACAGUUCGCACUUCGCAGAUCACCUUGUGCUGCAAAGAAGAUUCACAACAAACAUUUGUGAUUAAAGACCUCAGCUGAUUAAACUUUACUUUUUUAAAGAUUAUAAGGGCUGAUCAGUCGUUCAGCUGACAUGCUCCCGUUAUCUUUACUGAAGACCGCACAGAACCACCCGAUGCUGGUGGAGUUAAAGAAUGGUGAGACGUACAAUGGCCAUCUGGUCAGCUGUGACAACUGGAUGAACAUCAACUUGAGAGAAGUUAUUUGCACUUCAAGGGAUGGAGAUAAAUUUUGGAGGAUGCCGGAAUGCUACAUCAGAGGAAGCACCAUCAAAUACUUACGAAUCCCUGAUGAGAUCAUAGAUAUGGUGAAAGAGGAAGUACAGUCGAAGGGACGUGGCCGGGGAGGUAUGCAGCAGAACAAGCCACAGGGAAAAGGCAGGGGAGGUGGACCUGGAAGAGGUGGUGGAACCGGCCGAGGUGUUUUCGGUGGUCGUGGGAGAGGCAUGCCGGGAACUGGUCGUGGACAGCAACAAGACAAAAAGCCUGGCAAACCACAAGGUGUCAAAAACCCAAACUAAUUUAAUAACAGAUCG